UUGUAGAGGUGUGUGUUCCUGCGAGCAUAUAGAUUACGUCUCUCUCUCUCUCUCUCUCUUUUGCUUGGUGAAGAAGAGGGGUCUUGUAAUUGAUUUGUUCCUACCGAAUCGAAAGCAAAGUUUUGAUCUUUUGUCGUCCGUUUGCAACCCUAAACUCUCCCGACACACGUUUGUUUUGGAUCUUAUAUUCCGAAAUCGGGAGCUUGUUUUUGUAAUAAUGCGACCGUUUAUGUCUGGGUCAAGAGCUUUGUUCAGCUUAAUAUCAUGUCGAAACGCAAUCAGGAGUCGUGGCGGGAUCGGGCCGAGGAGUUUUAUAUCGAAUCGAAUUGGGUCUCUUUCAGGGGUAGAGAGAUGCUCAUCACACGGGUGGUCCAGGGAGCAUCUCUCUACCCCCGGGACAGGGAGGGUAAUUCAGAGACGGCAUUUUCUGGGUUGCGGAGAUGGGGAGGAAGGUGGUGGUGGUGGUGAGUUAUCCAAGAUCUACGAAGAGCGUCGUGUCUUGGGGUAUUCUCAGGAGCAAUUGUUUAAUGUAGUUCUAGCUGUAGACUUGUACCACGGCUUUGUUCCUUGGUGUCAACGCUCCGAGGUUCUUAAACAAUAUCCUGAUGGCUCUUUCGACGCUGAACUGGAGAUUGGUUUCAAGUUUCUCGUUGAGAGUUACAUCUCCCAUGUUGAAUUCGAGAGACCAAAAUGGAUUAAGACAACAGCUAGGGACACCGGCCUUUUUGACCAUUUAAUCAACCUCUGGCAAUUUAAGCCAGGUCCCAUUCCAGGAACCUGCGAGCUUUCUAUCCUUGUCGAUUUCAAAUUCAACUCUCCUCUCUAUCGCCAGGUGGCUUCGAUGUUCUUGAAGGAGGUAGCAACAAGACUCAUCGGGGCAUUUAGUGACCGAUGCCGACUUGUGUAUGGUCCUGGAGUUCCAGUCGAUGAAAACUCAUAUGAACAAAAAGCUUGAUACAACAUAUAUAAUGGAACUAACAAUAUCAGGUUAGUUUUCAUCUUGUUUGCUAGAGAGCGAGAUUACGCCAGAGCUUUUGUUCCAUUUUUUUAAUUGCUUUUGCAUAAGAAGAUGAUCCAACACAUAAGAUGUCUGUUUAAUGUAAAAACUGAAAUUUAUUA